CUAUGUUUCAUUGGUUUCACAUUUACCUUUUAUGAUAUGCAGUUGACAUUGCAUGUAUCUCAGGCUCACAUAUCAUCGAGGCAUGAACGUGAUUCAAGGAUACAAAAGAUUAUUGGUAAGCAUAACCUUGGGUUUCUUCUUGAUGCCCCUUUCAGCGAAAACGUGGCUGCCAGCCUCACAAAUAGAAUUAAAACAAGAUUGUUAGAUCUUGAUAAGGACUUGCAUGACAAAAAGGGGCCGCCAUGCAUCCAAACUUACUGAGGAGGAAGAAGAUGAAGAAUAUCUCGAGGAAGAAGAUGGUUUGGCUGGUACGGGAGGGAUUCGUCUGCUUCUGCAACCAUCUUGUAUACAGGGGAAGAUGAGAGACUAUCAACUUGCUGGAUUAAAUUGGUUAAUACGAUUAAAUGAAAAUGGCAUCAAUGGCAUUCUUGCUGAUGAGAUGGUAAGUCAUGAUACAUGCUUAAAAUAUAGGUUAGUUAAUUGGUUCGCUUAAGGCUUGUUAAGGAGUUGAUAAAUUGUGAGGUUAGUUAUUAUUAUUAUUUGUUCCAUUGCAUAUCUUUCAAUAUCAUUUUAUGGUUUCCUUUGCCUAAAAAUUAUGUAGGGUCCUAUACUAGUUUUGGUUAAGGCCUGUUAAGGAGUUGGUAAAUCGUGAGGCUAAUUGUUCUUUCAGCUGCAUAUUUUUUUCAAUAACAUGUUUUGUGGAUAUAAGUAUUGCCGUAUUGAUGGGAAUACGGGUGGGGAAGAUCGUGAUGCUUCGAUUGAAGCCUUCAAUCAGCCAGGAAGUAAAAAAUUCAUUUUCUUGCUUUCAACAAGAGCAAGGGGGCUGGGGAUUAACCUUGACACUGCCAAUGUGGUUAUUCUUUAUGACAGUGAUUGGUAGACAUGUUUUUCUGUAUUUUUUUGUCGUUUUACUAUUUAGCACAGUUCUCAAUAUGGUGUCCUAUUGUUAUUAAUCUCAGGAAUCCGCAAGUUGAUCCGCAAGCCCAAGAUUGUGCACAUAGAAUUGAUCAAAAGAAAGAAGUGUUCCGGUUUUGCACUGAGGUUUAGCUUUACUAAAUGAAGUUUACUGACUCUUCUUAUGUUAAUGUGAAAUCUCUUGUAAGUUACUGUCAUUUUCCCCUUGAUACCGCAACACACCAUUGAGGAAAAAGUUAUUGAGAGGGCAUAUAAGAAGCUUGCUUUUGAUGCUUUAGUUAUUCAACAAGGUAGAUUGACCGAGCAAAGGAGUAAGCAUUUUAUGAUCUUCAAUGUUAUUAUGAAUACAUUAACUCUUGACUAAUGUCAUAUAUUUUAGAUAGUUAUUGCUUGACUAA